CUGUUUCUCUUGAUCCCGCCCCUUCUCCUUCUCCUCUUCUUCCUCCCUCCCCGGGCAGCUCGACUCUCAGUUACUCCGCAGGGCUCCAAUCCCUUACUCUUGCCGAGCUCUUUGCCUCAGCUAGGCUCUCUUCCUCACCGCUGCACACCUGCAAGGACAUGGCCCACGCGUGUGGCGGCUGCCCCAGCGCCCGGGGCUCCGGGGAUGGCGAAACGGUCAGGUCCAGGAAGGUGGCACUCAUCACUGGCAUCACCGGCCAGGAUGGCUCAUACUUGGCUGAGUUCCUGCUGGAGAAAGGCUAUGAGGUGCAUGGAAUUGUCCGGCGAUCCAGUUCAUUCAAUACAGGCCGAAUUGAGCAUCUUUAUAAGAAUCCCCAGGCUCAUACUGAAGGAAACAUGAAGUUGCACUACGGUGACCUCACUGACAGCACCUGCCUUGUGAAGAUCAUCAAUGAAGUAAAGCCCACCGAGGUCUACAACCUAGGUGCCCAGAGCCACGUCAAAAUUUCUUUUGACCUCGCUGAGUACACUGCAGACGUUGAUGGUGUUGGCACGUUGCGGCUUCUGGACGCCAUUAAGACCUGUGGCCUCAUCAACUCUGUGAAGUUCUAUCAAGCAUCAACCAGUGAACUUUAUGGGAAAGUGCAAGAAAUCCCUCAGAAGGAGACCACCCCGUUCUAUCCCCGGUCACCCUACGGAGCCAAUUUUGUUACUCGGAAAAUUAGCCGGUCAGUAGCUAAGAUUUACCUUGGACAACUGGACUGCUUCAGUUUAGGAAAUCUGGAUGCCAAACGAGACUGGGGUCAUGCCAAGGACUAUGUCAAGGCUAUGUGGCUGAUGUUACAGAAUGAUGAGCCAGAGGACUUUGUCAUUGCCACAGGGGAAGUCCACAGUGUCCGGGAAUUUGUAGAGAAAUCAUUUCUGCACAUUGGAAAAACCAUUGUGUGGGAAGGAAAGAAUGAAAAUGAAGUGGGCAGAUGUAAAGAGACCGACAAGAUCCAUGUGACUGUAGACCUCAAAUACUACCGACCCACCGAAGUGGACUUUCUGCAAGGGGAUUGCUCCAAAGCCCGGCAGAAGCUCCACUGGCAGCCCCAGGUCACUUUCGAUGAGUUGGUCCGGGAGAUGGUGGAUGCUGACGUGGAGCUCAUGAGGAACAACCCUAACGCCUAAGGAUCAGAUCGUCUGCUCUGCAGGGCCAGGCUGGGCGGACCAGAACCAGAACCUUGUGUUCCCACCGGUAUCCCCUCCCUCCCGAAUUUGUAGCAGCCGGGAUGUGACCCCGCCGUCCGAAAUGCUUUCCUCUUGUGGAAUCCUCUUCUGAAUGGUUUUCUUAAAUCCAGACUAUGAUUGGAUCACAUAUUCAUUUGACUUUUGAAAUUGUGUUGUUAGACAACAGAAAUUGUGGGACCUUCAAAUUCGUUUCUCUCUCUUUUUCUAAUUAAACGCGGCCUUUCUUUUAACAGCACUGAGCCCAGGUCCCUGAUUUCUCCCAUUAUGCAAAGCCGCUUCAAGGCCCACCCCCCCCAAAAUAAAACUCUCCCAAUCAUCACAA